AUGACCUCCCUCAAGCGAUCGUAUGCCGCGUCAACGACACCCACAACCACACUGAGCAGCAAGACAUAUCUGCGAACGCUCAAGUCGGGAAAAGUACAGAAGGUCGUCCGCGAACUAUACCUCCGACAAGAUAUCCCAUGUUCUUCACAGCUCUGCUCGGCAUGCAUCGACUUGGCGCCAACCGGUUUCCAUGGCAAGAGGGAGCCGUUUGUCCUGUCCGCUACUCCAUCUGGGACUCGGCAGUUUCCUCAAGGCCACUAUCUUGUACCAGAUACCAAUGCUUUUCUCUCUGCCAUGGAUCUGUUUGAGAGUGAGGUCGCUGUUCGAGACGUAGUCGUCUUGCAGACGGUCCUGGAAGAGGUAAAGAAUCGGUCUUUACCGCUAUACCACCGCCUGAUUGCCUUGACCAAGAAUGAGAGCAAGAGAUUCUACGUGUUCUUCAACGACUUCAGACUGGAGACAUACGCGUCGAGAGAAUCAGGUGAAUCGAUAAAUGAUCGUAAUGAUCGAGCUAUCCGGAAAGCAUGCGCCUGGUACAGCGAGCACUUGCAGCAAGCUACGAAAGCUCGGAAGAGUGCACGUUGUCCCGCUGUAGUCAUGUUGACGGACGACAGAGACUGUCUGCGCAAGGCAAAGGACGACCAAGUUACUGCUUCUAACCUGCACGACUAUGUCUCGGACUUGCCAGACGCCGACCGUCUGCUCGACAUGGUGGCUUCAAACCGAGAGCACCGCGCGUCUCGAGAUACAAAGGCGGAGAUGCUAUACCCUGAGUACAUGUCUAUGUCGGCAAUGCUCACUGGCAUCAAAGCUGGUACUCUAUAUCAAGGCACCUUCAGUGUAUCGCCUUACAAUUAUCUGGAAGGCACUGUGCACGUUCCAGCUUUUGACCGCCCGCUCAUCAUCCAAGGCAGGGAAAACAGCAAUCGUGCCGUGUCGGGCGACGUAGUUGUGCUUGAAUUGCUCCCAAAGGACCAGUGGAAGGCACCUUCAAACAAAGUCAUUGAGGAGGAAGACAUCAAUAAGAAUGAAAACGCUGAGAACGAAGACGAAUCUGCUGAAGCUGUUGUCACGGAACAAGAACGGAAGGCCUUGCAAGAGACAGCGAAGAGAGCGCAUGGAAAGGUGGCAGAAGGCAAGCCUCAGCCCACGGCAAAGGUCGUCGGUGUCAUUAAACGCAACUGGCGGCAGUAUGUGGGCCACGUUGACAAGGACUCUGUUCGUGCAGAGGCAAAGCAGAGCCGCUCCCAACAGACCGUCUUUCUUAUUCCGAUGGACAAGCGGAUUCCAAAAAUCAAAGUUCGUACUCGCCAAGCUGGCGAGCUGCUUGGAAAGCGCGUGCUCGUGACAAUCGACUCGUGGGACCGGGAGUCUCGAUACCCUGUCGGCCACUUUGUCCGUAGUUUGGGUGAGCUGGAGACGAAGGGUGCUGAGACGGAGGCCCUACUUCUGGAAUGGGAUGUGCAGUAUCGACCAUUCCCGAAGUCGGUUCUGGACUGCCUCCCAGCCGAAGGUCACGACUGGAAAGUGCCCGCGAACACCUCUGAUCCGGGAUGGAAGAGCAGACGGGAUCUUCGUGAUCUUUUAGUCUGCUCUAUUGAUCCCCCCGGCUGCGUUGAUAUUGAUGAUGCUCUACACGCCAAGAAGCUACCUAACGGCAACUUUGAGGUGGGCGUACACAUUGCAGACGUCUCACAUUUCGUCAAGCCGAACAACGCCAUGGACAAGGAAGCGUCACUCCGUGGCACGACCGUGUAUCUUGUUGAUAAGCGCAUAGACAUGCUUCCGAUGCUUCUUGGCACUGAUCUAUGCUCUUUGAAGCCGUACGUGGAACGCUACGCGUUCAGUGUCAUCUGGGAGCUGGACCAAAACGCCGAUAUUGUGAACGCGUCCUUUACCAAGAGCGUAAUUCGGAGCAGAGAAGCCUUUAGCUAUGAACAAGCACAACUUCGGAUUGACGACAAGUCUCAGACGGACGAUCUCACACAGGGGAUGCGCCACCUGAUGGCCCUGUCGAAGAAGUUACGAGCAAAGCGAAUGGCGGCCGGUGCGCUGAAUCUUGCAAGCCCAGAAGUAAGGGUGGAAAUGGAAAGUGAAACGUCUGAUCCGAUGGAUGUGAAGACGAAGCAACUCUUGGACACCAACCAGCUCGUUGAAGAGUUCAUGCUGCUCGCCAACAUCAGCGUAGCAGGCAAGAACUACGAAGCUUUCCCGCAGACAGCACUCCUUCGUCGCCACGCCGCGCCACCCAAGAACAACUUCGAAGAAUUGAGCAACCAGCUCAAAGUCAAGAAAGGUCUCGAGCUCCACACCGAUUCGUCCAAAGCCCUCGCCGAUAGCCUCGACGCCUGCGUCGACCCCAAGGAGCCCUUCUUCAACACCCUCGUCCGCAUCCUCGCCACCAGGUGCAUGAUGAGCGCCGAGUACUUCUGCUCCGGCACUCAAGCCUACCCCGAAUUCCGCCACUACGGCCUCGCGUCGCAAAUCUACACGCACUUCACGUCUCCCAUCCGUCGCUAUGCCGACCUCGAAGCCCACCGUCAACUCGCGGCCGCCAUCGAUUACGAACCUCUAGACGCAAGUCUGCAAUCCCGUGCCAAGCUCGAAGGCGUCUGCCAGAACAUCAACGUGCGACAUCGCAACGCACAAAUGGCCGGCCGAGCGAGCGUCGAAUACUACGUCGGGCAAGCGCUCAAGGGCCGCAUCAUCGAGGAAGACGGCUUCGUGAUGCGCAUCUUCAGCAACGGUUUCGUCGUCUUCGUGCCGAGAUUCGGCAUCGAAGGACUCAUCCGGUUGUCCGACAUGGCCGGCGAAGGCGAGCGGGAGCCGGAGAGUAUCUUCGACGGCGAGGAGUACUCGCUGCAGGUCACGGGGCAGAAGGUGGAGAGGAAAGUGGAACUCUUUGAGAAGGUCAGGGUGCGGAUCAAUGACGAGGCAGAGGAGAGUACGGGGAAGCGGAAGAUCAAGCUGAGGCUCGUGUAA